AGAGAGGAUCCUGAAUCGUGGCGUUAUCCCGGUCCAAAAUGCAAUUUCCGGUGUACGCCAGUCAACAUUCCCCGGAGCGAGAAGAACAAGAACUAGACAAAUAAGAUAACAACAACGACAAGGAAAACACACAUGGGGUUUUGAAGAAACAUCUGACAAAGCAUUUUCCGAAACAUGUAAAAAGAACCAGAAGCAUCAAAAGUCCGUCCCUCCCCCCGCUGGACCUGUGUAACUGGAAGUCCCGCGCUCUCUGGGAUUGGGAACGACGUCGAGCUUCUGCAGCCGUACUGCUCUGGAACGCGCCCCGCUCUCAGCCCCAUGUCCCUGGUACCGCUCUUGAACGCGCCCCGCUCUCUCCCGAUGUCCCGGGAAAAGCGUUGGUAGGACCGGAGCGCCACGAGUUUGUGAACGGCGCUGAACUGCAAAAACAACUGGACGUCGAAGCGGGGAGACGCCAUGGAGGACGAAGGCAUGGAGCAAUUGUGGAGCGACUCGGACGAAUCGGAGAAGAAAGAUGACAAGUUCACUAAAGUCAAAUGGACACAUGAAGAGGAUCAGAAUCUUAAAACGUUAGUGAGCAACUUUGGAAAGAACUGGAAAGCCAUCUCCUCCUUCUUACCAGGGCGCAGCGAGGGCCAGUGCCUGCAUCGCUGGAAGAAGCACGUGGACCCCGUUCUGAUCAAGGGCUGCUGGACCAAAGACGAGGACGAGCUGGUGAUGGACCUGGUGGGGAAAUACGGCACCAAGAAGUGGAGCAUGAUCGCCAAGAAGCUGAAGGGCCGGCUGGGGAAGCAGUGUCGUGAGCGCUGGCACAACCACCUCAACCCCCAGGUCAAGAAGAGCUCCUGGACCAAGGAGGAAGACCUCAUCAUCUACAAGGCCCGCACGCUGCUAGGGAACCGCUGGGCCGAGAUCGCCAAGCUGCUGCCCGGGAGGACGGACAACGCCAUCAAGAACCACUGGAACUCCACCAUCCGGCGCAAGGCGGAGAUGGGCCUCUUCACCGAGGACGGCGACAGAAGCUUACUGGACCCCGAGCAGUUGGAGCAGAGCGAGGCGGACUUCAGGUUCGACGUAGUCCUGGAUUCUGAGCCUGUGUCUCCUGAAGCGGUCCAGCCGGAGAAGGGCAAGGCGAAGAAGCCCCCCAGGCCCAUGGAGAAGACCGUGGCGCUCCCCCCGCCUCCGCCGACCGUGGAGUCGAGGACGUCCCCGACCCCCGACCCCAGAGCCAGGGCGAAGGCCCGUCCCGAGCCGCCCUCCACCUUCAGCAAGCGCCUGGUGGCCGCCGCCCUGAGGAUGAUCGCUGAGGACAUGCUGCCGCUCAGCUUCGUGGAGGGCGCGGGGUUCCGCUCCUUCAUGGCCACCGUCGCCCCCCACUACCUGCGUCUGUCCCAGCGCGCCGUGGGCCUGCAGCUCUACGAGGACGUCGAGCGCAAGAUCAAGCCCCAGCUCAUCCGCGACCUCCAGGCCCGGCUCGCCGGCGGCGAGGACGGCGACCGCAGGGGCGCCAUCCACGUGACCUUUGACCUCUGGGCGGGGAGAUCGCCCUCGCCCUCGCGCGCCUCCUCGCCGUCCUCGCCGUCCUCGCCCCCCUCCUCCUCCUCCUCCUCCGCCCCCCCCACCGGGGACGAGCCCGUGGUGGUGGUGGCGGUGCAGCUGCACUUCGUGGACAGCGGCUGGAGGCUGCGGCGUUCCACCGUGGCGUUCCGCCAGCUGGCCGGAGGCGGGCGCCUGGCGGCCACGCUGGGCCGGGAGCUGGAGGAGGUGCUUCUGGGGUACGGCCUCUUCCCGCACGCCGUGGGCUACGUGGUGGCCAGCCGCGCCAAGGAGGCGCUGGAGGCCAACGCCGUGUUCGGGGACUACAAGGUCAUGUGCUCGUCGCCGCGCGGUGACCCCGACGCCGACGACCUGGCGGCGUUCCUGGGGGACCGGCCGGCCGAGGGGGACCCCUCCCCGUUCUCGGAGCUCCAGACGGGGACGGCGGCGGCCUGCGUGGCGUCCACGCUCCAGCUGGUGAUCCGGGAGGCGCUGAAGAACUCCCGCGUGGUGGAGAACGUGCUGACCCAGCUGCGCUGCGUGGUGGCCUUCUUCAGGACCAGCGGCUACUGGAACGAGGUGCUGCUGAAGGAGUGCUUCUUCUCCCUGUCCCCCCCCGGCCACAUGGGCCGCUGGAACUCCCUGAUGGCGUCCAUGCGGCGCCUGGUGGACCCCGCCUCCUGGAGCUCCAUCAUGACCCUGCUGGCCCAGGCCCGCAUCGAGGCGCAGGACUCCACCAGCGCCCCGCCCCUGGUCCGCGCCCGGCGGGAGCAGCUGGUGGACAUCCUGGGCCUGCUGCAGCCCUUCGAGGACGCCAUCCAGGUCCUCCAGAAGCCGGGGGUCACCCUCUCCUUCGUCAUCCCCUCGCUGAUGGGCCUGGACACGGUGCUGGCGGGCCGGCCCACCAGCUACACCCACUUCUCCAAGGCGCUGCGGGCCGGCCUCCAGAGCCACCUACAGCCGCUCAUCCUCCAGAGAGACCUCAUCCUGGCCACCGUGCUCGACCCCCGCAUCAAGCUGCAGCCGUUCCCCGACGCCAAGCAGGAGAGCGAGGAGUCGUUCCUCACCGUCCCGUCCAAAUCCCGGAUCCAGUCCAUGCUGGAGACGCUGCUGGAGGACACGGAGGCCUCGGCCUCUCCCGCGGCCGGUCCCCAGGAGGAGGAGGAGGAGGAGGAAGAGGAGGAGGAGGAGAAGCCCCCCCCGUCCGCGCCCGGCCCCCCGGGGGCGCCGACGCUCUCGGAGCUCGAGGUCUACCUGUCGGAGCCGCUGCUGGAGGGCGACGCCCCCUUGCUGUUCUGGAAGGCGGCCCGCCGCUUCCCCAAGCUCCAGAGCAUGGCCCGCCGGCUGCUGGCCAUCCCGGCCACGUCGGGGGGCUUCCCGCGCCUCUACCCCAUGGCGGCCAGCAUCGUGAAGGCCAAGCGGAGCCGCCUGCCGCCCCACACCACGGAGAGGCUCCUCCUCUUCCGGGAGUCCGUCCGGUGGAAGCAGGGGCCGCCGACGGGCCGGAAGGUACCGGCGGCGCCGGCGCCGGCGGUGGCGGCGCCGAGGCGAGACUCUGGUUCCUAUUAUUGUAAAGUGCAAAGACGCAUGGUAAGGAAGACCUCCGAGUGACCACGGCCGCGCCGGGGGGGGGCUUCGCCCGGAGCUAGCACUGCGCCGGUGGACAGAACGGGACCCGGACAUCCGGUUGGGUGGGGCAGAGGAAUGAACGGUGGUACUUUUUUAGCUGCAUACACAUUAGAGACGUUUACCUUCUGGGUACCGCUUGUGUUGCUCGAUUUUCCCCUCUUUUGCAUUUUUUUAUUUUAUUCACAACCAAUCAAAAGCUUCUAUGAUGUUGAUUAUGGAUGUGAGGAACCGACCCAGGAACCGUGACACAGAAAAGGGUUCCAGGCCCCCCUUCCUCUCCUUAAGUAGAUCCUCCGCGAAUCGCGGCCUGGAAUCUUCUCCAACCGGACCUCAUUGAACUGCUCGGCCGUUGUCUCUCUUCGGAGCUGUGUCGUACUACAGGUGGCUGUCCCGGUCAGCUCAACCAAUUUUGUUUUUUGUUUGUUUAUACAGUUGCUAAAUGCUAUGAGGAAAAGGACCCUGUGCUACUGAAGUAAAAUGAUGGUUUCUCUCGGUUUUCUGCCUUUUUACGUCGAAUGUAUAGUCGUUCCAUUUGAGAGCGAUGUGGUGGAUAAUUAAUGAAUUCUGAAAUACACAAUACCUCCAAUGGUGUCUGAAGGCCCCUUCGAUGGAUGGCCAAAUGAUUGGUUCCCAGCCUUCUUGUGUGCGAGUGUUGAAAGGUCCUGGUGUAAUCUGUGGAUCAGAAGGUCCCUGUAUAAAGUGGUUUCAUAAGUAGAGUAUGAGGUAGUUCAAACAAUGGCCCUUCCUGAAAGAUUAUUUAAUUGAGCAGCAGUUGACUCAAUUUUGUUUUCUUUUUCGUUUGUACAUUAUAUAAAUC